AUGGCAGAGAGACAGGAGGCAGUGGCAGAUCACCAGGAUCAUAGUCCAGAUUUAGCUGUUACUGGUGAACAGGUGCAACAUUUAGAGAAAAGGAACAAUGUAAUGUGUAGGAGUAAUGGUUUGUUGUUGGUUAGGUCUUUGAAUGAUACACAGAUGCGGGUGUUUUAUCAGAUUCGGCAGUGGUGUUUAAACAAGGUCUCAGGGAAACAUCCACCUCCUCUACAUGUUUUCAUUACAGGUGGUGCUGGAACUGGUAAAAGCAAUUUAAUCAAAGCUAUUCAAUACGAGUCAAUUUGGUUGUUAUCACCAUUGUGCAGUCAUCCUGACAAUGUCAGUGUUUUAAUAACUGCACCAACAGGUUUUGCUGCAUAUAAUUUGAAUGCAGCAACAAUUCACCACACAUUCAGUAUUGGAGUAGAUAUACACUUACCGUACACUCCACUGGGUGAGGAAAAAAUCAAUUCUCUUCGUACUAAAUUCAGUGAUCUGCAAAUGUUGAUAAUAGAAGAAAUUUCAAUGGUAAAUCACAAUCUAUUGGCAUAUAUUCACGGUAGAUUAUGUCAAAUGAAACAAAGUGGAAACAUUUGUGUUAUUGCUGUCGGAGAUUUUUACCAGUUACCUCCAGUUAAAGGAAAACCUCUGUAUGUAGAGGAUUUCAAUAUUGACUUGUGGUCUUUGUUUUCAGUUGUACAGUUGACAGAAGUAGUCAGGAAGAAAGACACUGUGUUUGCAGAGUUGUUGAACAGGGUUAGGACUCAUAGAAAAAAGACACCGAUGUUAAAAAGUGAUGUUGAUAUUUUGAAGCAUUGUGAAACUGGUGAAGUCAGCUCAGCUUUACACAUUUAUGCGACAACUCAACAAGUAAAUGAGCACAAUAUUCAGCGGUUGUAUGAUGUGUGUCGUGAUUACGUGACUAUUGAAGCACAGGAUUUUCAAAACAAUGGGAGAACAGGGAAAUUAGAGUUAAUUCAAGGCCAUCAUGCUAAAGCUAAGAAUACUUCUUUGGCUGAGCAGUUGUUGUUAGGUGAGGGUGCACGUGUGAUGUUGUGUCAAAAUGUUGAUGUGAGUGAUGGCCUGGUGAAUGGAGCAUGUGGUGUUAUAACACAGAUAGUACAAUCAGAGGGUGUUAAGUUUCCAAAAAUGGUUUAUGUGAAAUUUGAUGAUGAGAAUGUAGGUGCAGAGAGGAGAAGACAGUCUCCAAGUGUUUCAGCAGAAUUAGUGGGUUCUACAGCUUUUGCUCCAGAGGAGGAGAGAGUGUGUAAGAAAGGCGGCCUGAGACGUCAGUAUCCUCUUAAAUUAGCAUGGGCGUGUACAAUACACAAAGUUCAGGGUAUCACAGUAGAUGAUGUUGUUGUGUGUUUUGAGAGGAUAUUUGCAGGUGGACAGGCAUAUGUUGCUUUAAGUCGAGUCAGGAGUUUGUCAGGUUUGAUCAUUGAACAGUUUGAUGAGGACAAGAUUUAUUGUAUCUCCAUUUUUAGUUGA